UCAGAUUGAUCAGCAGCUCGAAAAAAUGUCUUCAUGAUGGGCAUAUUUUUACUGCUUCUGGUGAUCUGUCGGUGCCUAAAAGUUUACUGCAGUCUUUAUAGUGAUAUCGAUGUCUACGGAAACUCGGGCGUGAACAUGAACCAGCUUGAGAAGGAAUCGACGACAAAAGGCGUCCCAUCAGCGAUGGACCCGCACGAAGUUCCACCCUAUUUCGAGGACCCGGUCGGUUUCACAAACCUCACUACACAGCUCGGUGCUUCUGUUCUUCUCCAGUGCCGCAUCAACCACCUCUCACCUAAAAACAAGGUAUCGUGGCUGCGGCGGAGAGGGAACCAACUGACUCUGGUUACAUUCGGCCGAGAGGUUUACAUUGCCGACGGUCGAUACGAGCUGUCGCUAAACAUCCCUUCGGAUCUGUCCAACAAAGGUCCCGCUGAGUGGGGUCUCCGAAUCUGCAACAUCCAGCAGGACGACGAAGGUCACUACGAGUGCCAGCUCUCCACUCACCCCCCGCUCGUCUACACAGUUUUCCUUCACGUCAUAGUUCCCGAGCUGGAGAUCGCCGACGAGCGGGGCAAGCCAAUCAACAACAAGUUCUAUCAGGCGGAAAGCACGAUAGAGCUCAAGUGCUCCAUCGCCAAAGUGCCUCACCCGAGUCAGUUCAUCGUAUGGAAACACAAUACCAGAAUCCUCAAUUAUGACACCACGCGGGGUGGUAUCAGCGUCAAGACUGACUUAUUACCUGACGGAGCCAAAAGCCGUCUGUAUAUUGCCAAUGCGAAAACAGCCGAUUCGGGCAACUACUCGUGCUCCUUGGCCAACGUCGCGGAAACCAGCGUCUUCGUUCAUGUGCUCAAUGGUGAAACCCCUGCAGCUAUGCAGCACGGAGCUUGCAGCAGCAACUACGGAAUCAGCACAAUUACAAGAAGUCUCAUCCUCGUGUGGUGUCUAUUGACUUAUAGGUGACAUUAGGGCUAGUCUUUGGCCCUCACCUGAAACCUGAAGCCGUGUAAAUAGGAAAGUUAUAUUUUUCAUCGGUUGUUAUGUUUUUUCUUUGACGAAUUACUAUUUAUUUGAUGGCCCUAUUCCUGUUGGCCUGGUUACACGCUCAAAUUUCCGUCAAAUUCCGAUCAAAAUGAUGACCAAGAUGGCGCGGUCGAGAGUUAUCUAGAGUGAUGAGUAAAAUUAAUUAAAACAGCGUGUUGAUUGAAAUAAGCUUGAAAAAGCACGGUUGUGUGGAAAUCAGAUGAAGGAUGAGCCCCACAGUUCCAUCAUCUACCAUCAAAUUUUUGCAGGCCGCAGGAAUUUGCUGGUAGAUGGUGCGCACCAGUCACCGUUUGAUCGGGAAUUGAUGGGAAUUUGAGCGUGUAACCAGCACAUAAUUUGAUCAAGUGAGAAAGAAUCAGAGCCCUACAUCGCGUGUUUUCUUGCUAAAAUUUUGAGCACAUCACACGCAUUGGAAUUUUUAAUUAGGUGCAACCAGGGCCGGAUUUGCCGGGGUGCAUGCUGCAGAACCCCGGGCCCCCUCGGUAAUUCAUUUUUUUUUAUUUCUUUACUACCACUGCGCUCAGUUUCUCUACCUUGGCGAAAAAUUCUACCAGAUCCUUUUAAGACCUUAUGAGUUUAAAAGACAUAUUUAGGAUAAAGCCCUAAGACGGGAAUUUUGGGUGUCAUGAUGCCCUUUAAUUUUAGGAUUUUAUAGGACCUCUAAUGAUUAGUGGGAGUUGAGAGCUUGAUACUGAAGUUUCGUUUAUCUCAUGAAAUCAGCAUUUUACAGGCCACAAAAAAGACAAAUAUCAUGGACCCUUCAGCUCUAAAAAUUAUCAGUAUAGUAUUGAGUCCCAUAGUACCAAUGUUUCCCCAUUCCCUGAGGGCAAGUCUCUAGAAAGCCCCUAAAGUUUAAAUUAUUGAUCUAGAACCCCUGAGACACGAUUUUGGGGCUCAUGCAGCGUGUCCAUCAAAACACCACCGAUACCAAGAUUUCAACUGAUUCAUCAACUGCGAGAGUUUUUUCUAAAUUAAAAAUAAUUCAAAAGCGACUUCAAGCUUCUAUGUUAGAAGAUCUUCUUGAAGCUCAACUUCUUCUGUCCCUUGAAUGGGACUACCAUGAGCGGAAA